AUGUCUUCCAAGAGUAACAGAACUGUUGCCAUCAUCAAUGGUAAAGAGGAUUAUGAAACACUUAAGACUGCACUUCCUCAUUUUUUUGAUGAGGUAAACUCCCUUAUUGAAAAAGGGACCCUACUUGUUGACGGGAAGGAAGUCAAGUUGGAAUUUUCCCUGGGUGCAGACUACAUAUUUUUGUUGAUGGAUAUGGGCCUGAAUUCAGCAAAUGCUGACUAUGCAUGUUUGUGGUGUGAAAUCCACAAAAAUCUUAGAUGGGACACAAGCAAAGAUUUACUUUUUUAUAAUACGGCACCCCUUAAAAGAACCCUGGAAAAUAUCAAAAAGCAAUGCAAAUGCAACAAGUCAAACUUUCGCUGUAUUAACCCCCCUCUUGUUAAUAUAUCCUUGGAUCAUGUUGUGGCUGAUGAAUUAUAUCUCCUAUUAAGAGUGACUGACAGACUUCUUCAAAAUAUUAUCGAUGAAAUUUUGGAAAAGAAUAGUAUAGACGACUUCAACAAGCCAAAGGGACAUCCGAAAGGAGCAAACUUAAUGAAAUUUGUUGAAGAUGUUAAUGAACUUGGUGUUACAUUUUCUGUGUGGUACAAAAAAAAUGGGGACGGUUCAAGUAGCAAUAUUUUAGAUUACACAAGCCUUGUUGGGGCACAGAAAAAGCUACUUUUAAAAAAAUUGCCGUCCAAGUUACCAAAUUAUCUGAAUUCAAACACUGCUGCCACUGUUGUGAAAAUAUGGGAAGAUUUCAAACAAUACUAUGAUUUUAUAUCCGAUCCUAAUUUGACAAGUGAUAUGUCUAAUACUGCAUUUGAAAAAGCAAAACAGUGGCUCGAAUUAUUCUGUUCGAUAAAAAAGGAUCGAACUGGGUAUGAAAAUCAAAGGGUUACUCCAUAUAUGCACAUCAUGUGUUACCAUGUUCCCAUUGUUUAUGCAAAAUCAUGGUUGCUUCAAAAAGUUCACUGGACAAGGUGUAGAGAAAAACAAUGAUGAUGCAAAGAGAAUUUUAUUUCAAAAAUCAAACAAAUGGGAUUCUGCCAAAGAUAUACUUUUUAUGGAGAGUAGACAGUGGGACCUAGGGGAACAUGAGAGGAAGAAAGGCAACUACAUUAAAAUAAAUCAUGAAUACUGGGAUGUAGAUAUCAACCAAAAUCGUAAAAAAUCUAAACCACUUACAGAAGCUGCUAUCCUUCAGGAUGAUGAUGUGACUGCUGAUGUUGCAACUGGUUCAGUUAAUUACAGGAGCUUCACAGUCACACAGCUGAGGUAG